AUGAUGGUAACCUUCCUGACCCGUAAAGACAUCCCCCCGUGGGUGAAAGUUCCUGAAGACCUGAAAGAUCCAGAAGUAUUCCAGGUUCAGUCGCUGGUGCUGAAAUAUCUGUUUGGCCCACAGGGAUCUCGAAUGUCUCACAUCGAGCAGGUGAGCCAGGCUAUGUUUGAGCUGAAGAACCUGGAAUCUCCUGAAGAACUUACCGAGGUCUUCAUUUACGGCUCUCAAAACAACAAGGUUCGGGCUAAAUGGAUGCUUCAGUCCAUGGCUGAGAGGUACCGCCUGCGCCAGCAAAAAGAAGUGCUGAAGCUGGAGGAAUCCAUGAAGACCCUGGAGCUAGGCCAGUAUAUCGAGUGA